AUGGUUCGAUAGAGGGCCGACUGUUCCAGAUUCGAGAGAGAGAGAGCGAGCGAGCCAUGACUGAGAAACGGCAGACCCUACCACCGGACAAGGUUGCCGGCAGUUCUGGGGCUUCAUCGUCGUCGUCGUCAUCAUCAGCUCCAGUUGGAGAGGCCCUUCCCGGAAAAAUCGGUUAUCCCAACCCUCCCGACGCCGUGAAUCCCGACGCGGCAACCCUCAGGGACCAGUGGAGGUUUGCCAUUCGACAGUACAGCAAGUGGUAUUCCCACGCUUGGGGCACGGCCAUCCUCGCCGGCAUCUCCUUCUUCGCCCUGGGAUGGAUCAUCAAGGGCUCCAACCCUUUGCCCUCGAGGCGUGAGGAACUACCAAGAGAAGAAGAGGCCCACGCCCUUGGCAAGAACCCGGAGGUCCCUUCUCCUCACUCUUCUGCUGAAACAAGGGAGACGGAGAACACGGAUUUCAUGCAUAUAAAAAAAGGAGGGGAGGGGGAGAGAUUGGAGGAAGAGCAGGCAGAAAUGGGGGUAAGGAAAGUUUCUUUCUUGGAAGAUGCCACCGCCAUGAAAGGCAAGGAGAAGGAGGAAGAGCAUUUGGGAAGGAGCAAGCUGGUCUGGGACUGCGACAGUUGCCUCUACGACUCCUUCGAGCUCAGAUCUUUCAAACGUCAUCUCGACUCCGCCAUUACCUCCUCCGUUUCCUGCAGGUCAAACUCCAUGCCCCACUUCGCGUCGACGUCUCUGCCACCAACUUCGGCACCAGCACCGCUCAGGAAGGGCCAGCGGCGGCAGACGGUCCUUCGGCACUUCAGCAAGCUGCUCCAACUGAUCUUCAGGACAAGACCCACCGCGGAGAGAAGAGACGCCGGCGGUGACGUUAGGCGGGCGCUCCCGAUGCGCCGGGAGCAGCCACGUCCCCAAAACGGAACUCUUCUAUCCAUACCGGAGGAGAACGACUCCAGAGUGAGGAAGACGGUGUCAGAGAGAUUCUGCUUCAACGCUUCUCUUGGCGUUUCCUACGCCUGAAAAUUUUCCACCAUCCCGAAGAAUCUCUUUCAUCUUCUUUAUUGCUGUAAAAUAUGAACUCUCUGGGGACCAACAGAUUUCAAGACGGACAGAUUUUAGGAAUAGAUGAGACGAUUUGAUGAAUAUGAACACUGCCAUUAGACAAA